AUGGCGACGUCUUAUUUUUCAGCCGAUGAACCACGACACGCAAAUUGCCGAUCAAAGAAUCCUUUAAUCACUGAAAGUAAAACAGCUAAGUAUUUCUAUGAAACUUUUACAUUAAAGCUUAAUUACAGCAUUUUAACGGGACGAAAGAGCAAGAAUAUCAAACAACUUCACAGCAUUUCUGAGAAUUCGGAUGUAUUUUUUCUCAAGAAAAAACGCUGGCAAACUGCAAUAUUGGCAAAUUUUGGAUUUAUUAUUGCUUUUGGAAUCCGAUGUAAUUUUGGAGCUGCGAAAGGUCGAAUGAUCAAUAAUUUCACUGAUCCGUUCGGCAAUAAUCAUACUCAGAAGUUUUAUUGGUCACCGAUUGAACUUGGCUUCAUGGAAAGCGCAUUUUUCUAUGGUUAUGCCAUCACUCAAAUACCUGGUGGGAUGUUAGCUGCCAAGUUUGCACCAAAUCUGCUAUUUGGGUUUUCCAUACUCAUCGCGUCGGUGCUGAAUUUUUUUUUGGCGCUCGCACUCACUGCACAUCCACUCACGGAUUUCGUUGUUAUCGCUAUUCAAAUCUGCCAAGGUCUUUCAUUGGGAGUGAGUUAUCCCGCAAUGCACGGGGUUUGGAGACAUUGGGCACCACCAAUGGAACGCUCAAAACUUGCCACGACCACAUUCACAGGUGGCUACUUGGGAGUAAUGAUCGGUUUGCCAGUCUCUGCUUACCUUGUUUCAUAUAUCGAUUGGAGUGCACCUUUUUACUUUUUUGGUGUUGCUGGGGUAACUUGGUUUCUCAUUUGGUUUAUUGUCAGCGCACCAACACCUGAACAGUGUAAAUCCAUCUCAGAAGAUGAAAAACGCUUCAUUAUGGAACAAGUUGGACAAGUCACUUCUUCUCCAGCUACGCUGACAACUAUUCCGUGGAAGGAGAUCCUACUCUCCUUGCCAGUAUGGGCAAUAGUAAUAUGCAAUUUCUGCCGAUCAUGGACAUUCUUUUUGUUGUUGGGCAAUCAGUUGACCUAUAUGAAAGAUGUGCUAAAUCUCGAAAUACAAAGUGGUGGCUUAAUGUCGUCACUACCACAUGUUCUGAUGUCUGUGACGGUCUUAGCUUCAGGUCAACUAGCGGAUUAUCUUCGUUCUACGGGUAAAAUGUCAACUCAAACAGUCCGUAAAUUAUUCAAUACCCUCGGUUUUGGGGGCGAAGCAAUCUUCCUUUGUUGUUUAUCACUUAUAAGUGAACCCUCUGCUGCAGUAAGUACACUAGUGCUGGCAGCAGGAUGCAGUGGUUUCGGAAUCGCAGGAUUUAAUGUGAACCACUUUGAUAUAGCACCAAGAUAUGCUCCUAUUUUAAUGGGUUUUUCAAAUGGUUUUGGAGCUUUAGCUGGUGCAAGUGGUUUCGUACUCGAGCAUCUCGUUGCCUCACUGGUUAAUUCAUAUUCAUUACAUUUAUUAAUGCUUGACAAAAUUAUACAGUUCACUUAG